AUGGAUCACGUCCACCAGGUCUUCACGAUCCUGCAGCAGCAACAGCUAUUUGUGAAACACAAGAAGUGCCAGUUCGGCAAAAUGGAGCUUGAGUACCUCGGUCACAUUAUCUCUGGUGCUGGUGUCAAGGUGGAUCAAUCAAAAAUUCAAGCAAUGAUCGACUGGCCAUCGCCUACGACCAUCACCGCAUUACGAGGUUUUCUUGGCCUUACUGGAUAUUAUCGUAAGUUUGUGCAGAACUACGGUAUCAUCGCCCGGCCACUGACUAACUUGUUGAAGAAAGGCAAAUUCGAAUGGACUGAGGCAGCAGAGGAGGCGUUCAGUAAGCUCAAAACGGCCAUGACAACGACACCAACAUUAGCGCUACCAAACUUCUCUGCUCCAUUCGUCAUACAGACUGACGCUUCAGGCGACGGUAUUGGAGCUAUUCUGGCUCAAAAUGGGAAACCAAUUGCCUUCAUGAGUAGGUCGUUGGGAGUUCAAAAGCAGGCUUGGUAG